AACAGGAAGCAAACGCUGUCUUCUUUGUCUCUGAUUGGUUUAAGGAGUUUAAUGACGGAAAAAACUUAAGGUUUAAUGUUGAGAGCGGCUGGACUGGUUUGGUUUAAAAUGUGCCCGAGAACUGCAAGAUAUGGCUGUUAGUAAGAGUUCUGCACAACGCAAUAUAAAUACCAGAUUGUCCAAUAUCAUUAUAAACACAGAAAAAAAGACCUCUCGAAAAAAUACCUACGUUACUCCUGUAUUUGGAGGUACUUGCGAAGAAACUGUAGUCGGUGAACACGCAAUUAGCCAGAAUGCUGGGAAAUAUUUUAUGCAAGACCACGAAGUGCCGGGGAUGGUUUUACCAAAUGUCACUUAUGAUGUGUCAGAUGAGCUUUUCUAUGAUAAAACUGUGAGCAGUCAGUGCUACAACAAAGUCAAAAAGCAGCAUUUUCGACAGGGUGACGACAACCUGCUCAUUGGAAUUUCACAGAACACUUACGAAGUACCGAACGAUCUCCAGACAGCAUCCCAUUCUGUUUUUCUCUGCAGCCACUGCAAUACAGUGCUGGGGGAUUCUGUUAAUACGUGCGGCGACGACAAACGACUGAACGUGAUUAUCUGCCUCAAAGUUACUAAUGAUGUGGUGGUAGAAGAUGAGCUGCAGUUUGGAUUGCAAGGAAAAGUCUCUGGAUGUGUCUAUAAACCCCUGCGGUGUGAAUGCUGCCAGUCCGUUGUCGGCAUGGUGCUGCACUCCACUGCCAGAGCUUUCACCUCUCUCAGGAACCUCUUUCUCCUGCACAAGGAGAACAUCAGCUGUUAUAUUUUGCAGUCAAGAAAUAUGGUUCCAGCUACUGAGAUGAGCUUUGAACUCAAAACUUCACAGAUGGCUAUUAAAGAGUUAAAGCAGGAGCUUGUGGAUUUGAACAACAGACUGGAGUUAGUUGAGCAAAGAUUAAGCCAUGGUCUUACACAAGAUGCCAACCGUACUGUGGAGAUAACCCGGAAAUAACCUCUCCGGAGCCAGUCAUGCUUCCUCACGGUUACCGCUGUUUAUCCAUCUGCAUUUCAGUUCCAUAGACACAGGUUCUUUUUGUAGCUGUUGUGUUUUAGUACAAUGUAAUUCAAAAUAAUAGGUUUCUGCAAAACACAUUACUGUCAAACUGUACAUAAAAACGAGACCAACCAUACAGUCCUAUGUCCCACUGGCACACGCUGAAAAAUAAUUUUAAAUGAAAAUAGAUUUCAAAGUUUAAAACAUCUACUGUGAAUUAUAAUUGUCAAAAAGCAUCCCACCUCUUGAAAAGUACCCAUUUCAGUGUGAGCAGUAUCAUUCUAAAUCAUAACCUUCAUGUAAAUCAGUUUUGCUCAAAAGUGAAGAGAUAACUUGGUUUAUUUAUUUUCAGCUACUGCUGUUUAUCCAUCUGCUUUGCACUUAUAUAAGUGCUAUCUAGUUCCAUAGCCCAAUGUUGUGUUUUUUUUUUUGUUGUUGUUGCUGCUGUUGUUUUAAUAAAAUGUAAUUCUAAAUAAUGUUUUUGUUUGAGCUUUUUAAUUCAGAAAAUGUAUUUGAAUCAAUCUGAGCAUGUGAAUGUGAUUAAGCGCAUAUUACAGAAGUCUUGUAUGUUAUGGUUAUAGUAGAGCCAGUCAAGUAAGAAUUGUUACAUACAAAUUUUAAUUCCACAACUGAUUUUUACAGUUGCAAUUUAGGGGUUUAAAUAUAUAUUGUGAUUCACUUUAUUAUUUAGUGUUUUAUUUACUUAACUUCUAUAAACUGAUCUUAUUUCAAGGAUCCUGCAGAGUAUUCUUUAUUAGAAUAAAUACAAUUUGUGAAUUAGUAAUACACGAUAAGACCUGCUUUUAAGUACUUGGUAAUUCCAGUAGUUUAGUUUUCUGCACAGACCAAAAAAAUAAAUAAAAAGACAUUUUCUGGUAAAGUUGUUUUUAG